AGAGCAGCAGUUCAUAAGUGCAUGGGAUGUCACGGACACCAGGCAGAUCUAGAUUUCACCGCUCCUCUCUACCAUGAUCAACACUUACCAGACCAGCCUGGCUCCACCGCCGGUGCCGCCGCGCCUCAACAGGUCUCACCCGGUCCUCAUCCCAACUCCCCUUCCAUCACCAGGCCACAGCAAGCCUCUCAUCCGAUUCUUGGUUGGUGUAGUGGUGCUGCAUUUAUUGCUGUCUGUCGGAGGAUUCAUCUAUCUGUACUACAAUGACAAAAUGCAAAGACCUCCCUCAGCUGAAGGACAAGCUGCUUUUUCCUCAUCAGAAGAACAGAGAAGUGCCUACAAAACCUUGGCAGGCAUGGUAGUCGACAGCAAAGCACCAAAGAAAUCUUCAGCUGGCUAUCUCAUGUGGGACAUGGACCACUCAAUUCGUAGGAACAUCAACUACUACCACAAGAGCUGGCUGACUAUCCUGCAGUCUGGUGAAUACUACGUCUACUCCACAGUGACCUUCACCAAGAGCGACUUAAUGGCCCCACUAGCCAGCAGAGUCAAGCUGAGGAAAGACGAAAAAGGAGAAGAGAAGACUGUGAUGCAGGCCUCCUGCAGUCUGCACAGAGAGAAAGAAUCUAUCCCUCAAUUGUGCACAGCCACGCAUGGAAGGGUGGUCACACUCGAGAAAGGAGACCAGCUCAGUGUCUGGGUACAAAACCUUUCACUGGUGGACUACGAUGACAUAGCCACAACCUUUGGGAUGUACAAACUGUAGGACUUCUAUAUGAGCAUGUGCAUGGACCUAAGCUAAAGAGUGGGAACUCAGUAAAUGGAUGGACGUGGAUAUAAAUCUACUGAGAACACUGUUAAAUACUCGGGACUGAUAACUUUUUUUGUGGUUUUGAGACACAAACCACAUUCCUAAACUAUAAUUUAUUAAAUUCCAUAUACAUGUGUGUUAUUGUUUGUUUCUAUGGUAAAUUUAUGAAUGGUUCUGUUCUGUAUUUAUUGAUGUAAAUGAGAUUGUAUGGAUGUGAAAUGAAAUUCUUAUAUUUAAUCUAAAAUUAUUUCUAUA